UUCUCGCAGGAAGACGCGUGUGAGCGCGCUGCUACCGCGUCCUUACCGGGAAUCUUCAACGGCUAUUCGCGUGCACCGUAGAUUCGGAUUCCCGAAGAAGCCGACGUCCAGGCGCGGAAGUGCUGCGACGAACAGCGCCCCCGCGUCGCUACGGCCGCCGCGCUAACUGCAGCUCAGCGGCGCUGGCCAGCGAACGUCCAACACGACGCUAGCGCUAGCUCCGGGGCUAGCUAACGUAACGGCCGGGAGAUAAGCUCCCACCUGGGCGCGCGACGACUGCGCGGCGGAGCCGGGGAAAGUUUGCGUCUGCCCAAAAGAACGUCGACGCGUCACCGCUGAGGGAUGUUUGUGGCUUCUACGUUAACUGUUGCCAACUGGAGCGGAAUCGACGUGAUUUGAGGCGUAGCCUUCCGGAGCCCGUCAGAGAGCGAGCAGCCUAUCGCAGGACAUCCGCCGUCACACACUCGAAAUGCCGUCCGUCGGUAACUUGUAGCUAACGACCGUCCGCAAAACUAUGACUCGGGUCGGCAGCUAGUCUCUUCUCUCCUUUAAUCGGCCAUGUCAGCUGCGCCGCGGCGAGACGCAGCUAACUCGUGACCGGCCGGUGCGGAAGGACUCCGCCGAACAACGAGAAGGAAGGACGCAGGGAGACUCGGUGCCGCCGAGCCCCUCCGCUCCUCAGCGCAGGUCCGUGUUUACAGUCCACCCGAGCCGGGCCGGGCCGCUCCGCCGUUUGACGCCCCCAUAUGCCCGCGCCUACGUCCGCGACCACAUCCUGAAGGCAGCGAGAGACGGACGGAGGGAGGCGACGCCAGCUCCCGGGGUCCCCGACAGUCGAGCCGGGGAGCGGCAUCGCUGAAAUGAGAUGAGGCUCAGAAAUGGAACUGUGGCCACUGCGAUCAUCUUCUUCACGUCUUUUCUCAGCCUGUCCUGGUACACAGCGUGGCAGAAUGGCAAAGAGAAGCUGAUAGCUUACCAGCGGGAGUUUCAUGCCCUGAAAGAGCGUCUUCGCGUGGCAGAGCACAGGACACUGCAGCGCUCGUCGGAGCUCAACAACAUCCUGGAGCAGUUCAGACGCGCCAUCGCUGAGACCAACAGCAGCAAAGAUGCCCUCACGAACUUCUCAGACGAGACACAGAAACUACUGAAGGAGCUCGCGAACCGGAAACCCCUCCAGGUGCCAAAUAUUUACCACCACCUGCCUCACCUUCUGAACAAUGAAGGCAGCCUGCACCCAGCUGUGCAGGUCGGCCUUGGCCGUACAGGAGUUACCAUGGUGAUGGGGAUACCCACGGUGAAGCGGAAAGUGAAGUCAUAUCUGUCUGAGACGCUGCAUUCGCUGAUAGACAAGCUGUCACCAGAGGAGAAACUUGACUGUGUCAUUAUCGUGUUUGUCGGCGAGACUGACCUGGAAUAUGUUCACAGCGUGGUAGCUGAGCUGGAGAAAGAGUUUGCUACAGAGCUGAGUUCAGGCUUGCUAGAGGUCAUCUCUCCGCCAACUGCCUACUACCCAGACCUCAACAACCUCAAAGAGACUUUUGGAGACUCCAGAGAUAGAGUGAAAUGGCGAACGAAGCAAAAUCUGGACUAUUCCUUCCUAAUGAUGUACGCUGUGAGCAAAGGGGUUUAUUAUGUACAGCUGGAGGAUGACAUUGUGGCCAAGCCGAACUACUUUGCUACAAUGAAGAACUUUGCCCUGCAGCUCUCUUCAGAGGACUGGAUGAUCCUGGAGUUCUCUCAACUGGGCUUUAUUGGAAAAAUGUUCCAGGCUCCAGACUUAAACCUCAUCGUUGAGUUCAUCUUCAUGUUUUAUAAAGAGAAGCCCAUUGACUGGCUGUUGGACCAUAUUCUCUGGGUCAAAGUCUGCAAUCCUGAGAAAGAUGCGAAACAUUGCGAACGUCAGAAGUCCAGCCUUCGUGUACGGUUCAGACCCUCUCUGUUCCAACAUGUGGGACUACAUUCGUCUCUUGCUGGGAAGAUCCAGAAACUCACAGACAAAGACUUCCUGAAGCCACUGCUCCACAAGAUGCAUGUAAACCCACCAGCCGAGGUCUCCACGUCAAUGAAGGUCUAUCAGGGUCACACGCUGGAGAAGACCUACCUAGGAGAGGACUUCUUCUGGGCUAUUACUCCUACGUCAGGAGACUACGUCCUCUUCAAAUUUGAUAGACCUGUUAGCAUAGAGAGGUUCCUAUUUCGCAGCGGUAACCAGGAGCACCCAGGGGACAAGAUCGAGAACACCACAGUGGAAAUACUGCCGGCUCGGGAAUCUGGACUGCAGACCAAAGACAAGUACAAGCGAACAGAGGACCGUUUUUACAGAGUUGGUCAGUUUGAGAAGGGCGUGGCAGAAGGGGCUAUAGACCCUUCCUUUAAUCCCGUAUUGGCACUUCGGCUCUCUGUUCUCAAAGACUCUGCUGUGUGGGCCAUCCUCAGUGAAAUUCAUAUAAAGAGGAUAGCAGGCUGAUUGUUCUGGAUGGGGCACAUGAGUCAUGGCCCCUGGGGGACCAAAAUCUCAUGGACUGCUAAUGCAGAGCCUUUGGAACCUAGCAGCCAGCAGUACAAUUGUGAAAUGAUUAAAGUUCACUACAGUUGCUCAUCUGAGCUUUUUUAAGGAAUGUCACCUCUGUCCGCCACUGUUCUUGACGUACUUUGUUAUUUUGCUUCCCAUCGAUCGGUUUCUACCUUUCUUUCAUCAUCUCUCCUUCACUCUUGUGCUCUUAAACCAUUUGUGAGAAUGUGAAUACUACUUUUCAAAAAGCAACAGCAGAGUUGGAUGGGACAUCUGCUCCCAAGAUGCUCUCUCUCUCUCUCGCAGUGACUAUGUUGUUCAGCAGCUUUGAAACCAAUCAGAAAACACCUAGAUGAACAAGGACAAAUCAUCACAUCAGCGGAGAAUCAGUCACCAUGGCCACCAGAGUAGAUGCUGCCAAAUUCUUCUGUUAAUUAAUGCUGCCACCUUUGGGCAAGCUGAGGCAUUGCACUGUCACUAGCGCCACAGCACAGCCCAAGAUGAUCAAGAAUGUUGUCAUGGCCGGUUGCUCUCCGUUCUCGGGAGAAAUGAUGGAGCUCUAGAUCAACACCAGCCCUAAUGAAAAUGUUUUCCUCACUCCUAGAGUAUUGUAAGCCACACUCAAAUAUUCCACUCGUCCUGACAAACUCAGGAUGAGCCACCGUUUCCAAAAUCCUGCCUGUAGCCAGUCGGUGACUCUGACCAUGGGCCAGAUCGUGUGGUAACAACCCCAGUUCAUCAAGACGAUGAGAACAUGACACCAUAUCUUUCUCACCUCCUGUCUGACAGGCCGUGUAUGACCUCAGUGUCCAUUUAUAGUAAACCAAUCAGACAUUGCCUUGGCGUUAUUUUCCUGAAGGAAUAUAUUGUUAUAUUGAUAUAUUAUUACAGCUAUGAUGAUCUAUGAAGGUGACUUAAUUUAUUUGAAAUAAAUCUUUAAUUUGUAUAAAAGGUAAAAUAUAUUUUUAUUCUAUUAAGAGAUGUUUGUGGUAGCUUGGGGUCUGUUUUAUUUGUGUUCUUUGUAAUUUUUUUAUUAGAUUGCAUUGUUUUUAUCUUCAUUGUAACAGCUUCUUGUGGGAUUGCGACGUCUGCAGGUAGCUUGUUUUAGUUUGUUCUAGUUUCUAUUCACCUCAAGGUUUAAGCAAUUAAUGUUCAUUGCUUAAAGCUGCAUAGGAGCAUUGUGAAUAGGUAGAUGGAUAGAAUUAGCUGUGGGGUUAACAUUGGGAAAUGUGCCUUAUGUUCAGGCUCUGACAUUGUCUCUACUUACAGUAAUUCCCUUGUACUUUGGUCUACACUUUGCUGGUUCUAGUAAUGCUGUGUUUUGUAAAUAACAAAACAAUCCAAGUAGUGAUGGGAUGUCAAGCUGAAUGUCUCUGUCAUACUAAGAGGAAGCAGUUAAGGCUGUUAUUUGUAUCAGAUAACAUCUGAAACAUCAGAAUUUGCACUGCUUUUCCUCUUUAUACCCCUAUCAUCAUUGUCUCACACUGUUCAUUUCACUGUCUCUCAUUUCACUUUACACAAUUUUUUGUUCAAUCACGUCUAUUUAUUUUAUUGGACAGAAUAUGAAACUACUGAGCAUUGCAGGGUGCACCUUUAUGAUUUAUUGGCAGAGAUUGUGUAGAACUUUUACUGAUUGUAAUUGUUAGUAUUUUUCUCACAGUGUCUUUUUUUUAUUAGUUUAUUGAAUUUCACUUGACACAUUUUGUUUGUUAGGCCAAGUUAAAUUUUGUACACGGGAGCUGUUGAUUCAGUGCCUUUUGGUGAAAUACACACUGGUGGGAUACAUUUUAUUUUAGUUUUUGUCAGAGAAGGCUUUCUACACUGUUCUCAAAAAAACGAAUGGUACAUGUGCAUCUUAAUAUGAUUGCUUAAAUCAGCAGGUGAUGGAAGAAAGCCACUUUGACCCUGUAUGGUUGAAACAUGCCUAAAGGCAUGGCACCGUUCUAACAUUUAUAAUGGGCACUAAAAGUCAUGCGAUUGCUCCCAAUUGAAUUAGUAAAACUGGGCAGGAGACAGUAAAGUAAAUCUUCCCUUGCUUGACAAUCCCAGACGUUCAUCAGUUCACGUGCCUUCAUGUACAUGCGUGCCUGCCUCUGAUGAUUUUGGCAUCAUUUUUCAUGGACAUCGUUCAAAUAAAUGCGUUGUUAGAAAUCA